AUGAGAUUCGUCAUCCUCGCUGCUGCUGCUGCCGCCGUCCUCCUCCUCCAAGUCUCGGCCUCCAGUGCCACCCGCACGGAGGCGCUGGUUGGGGGUUCCCCGGAGGCGCUGGUGGGGGGGUGGAGGCCGAUAAAGAACCUGAGCGACCCGUACGUGAGGGGGAUCGCUGAAUUCGCCAUCAAGGCGCACAAUGACGAGGCCGAGACGGGUCUGGUGCUGGUGAAGGUGAUGAAGGGCGAGACGCAGGUCGUGUCGGGGGCGAACUACAGGCUCGUCGUCGAGGUCAAGGAUGGGGCCGACACGAAGAGCUUCGAGGUCGUCGUUUGGGACAAGCCGUGGGAGCAUUCCAGGCGUCUCACUUCGUUUACGGCCGUUCCGGGCAAGGCGUGA